AGGAAAGAUUUGAAAUCUGCUUUACUGACACCAAACGGAUAAAAAUAAGCUCCUGUCAAACUUCUGUCACAAUUGAUCUCAUGAACUAGUGUUUACAAAUGUAAUUUAAAUUCCAAAGCAAGUAUUAAAUGUAUUAAAUUGAACAAUGUCCACAAAGGGCUUGAGUUCCAUCGCAGAAGACUACUUUUACAGUUUGAAUCCUCUGGCAAAGCGGAUUGGAGAUGAUGUUAGAGCUACCAAAGAAGCCUACGAAGGUCUGUGGAAUACUUUGAGCUUGAAGGAGAAAAAUCAAGCCAUCGACGAGACCAUCAUCCAGCCAGAAAUCGCUCUCAAGUAUACGACACUAGGUACUGAUAAAAAUAAAGAGAUUUAUGAUUGUUAUCCUAAAUUGAGGAUCCAGACUGGUAUGAAGUAUGUUAUUGAUGAGACUGGAUCAACCUUGAAGUGGAGAGAUGAGCACUCGGGGCCAUUUUCGUUCAUGACCCAGUCCCAGAUGAACUUGCACCUGCUAGAGCUGCCGUCAGAGAUCAAAACCAAACUUCCCAGUGAUUACGCAGAUAAAUCUCCUCAUUUCUUGAGCCCGAUUAAAAUAAACGAGAGCAGUUUUGACAGCUCAUCAAAUGACUACAGCCCGACCUCGACCCAAGUCAGUCUGUACCAGUCAGAGAGCUUCAGCGACAGCGUCUACAGCAACGUCGACUCCACUAGAAUCAAUAACUGCGCUAGUAUUGACAAUACGGGUAAUAUUUUCACAAAACUAAUGAACAAAACUUCUAUACUCAAGAUGAACCAGCCUGAUGACGACCUAGAGAGCCUGGUACCCCAGAAGCAAAUUGUCAUCAGCAAAAUUUCUGGGAGCAAGAAUGGCAAUAGUAAUGGCAAUGCUGGCACCAAAAACCAGAUGAAUAUUAAUUUGAAUCAUAGAGCUAAGUCUGAUGCUAGUGAAUCUACAGCUUUGCUCGAGACUCCCAGCUCGUACAACAGCUUCCAGUUUUUGCAGAGCAAUCCUGAGGAGGAAAUUCCUAAGACUGGGUUUGAAUUUUUAGAUAAUUGGUAAUAAAAUUUAUUAAUUUUAUACUUACAAUAUUUUUAUAUCAAAUCACGUUUUGAAGAAUUUUAAUAAUAAUUAAUUUAGCA